GCAUUGCAAUCUCACCAAACCUUACGGGUACAUAAGCACCAGCGCAAUCUCAUCCCGAAUCUCACAGUUUUCCCACGUGUCGGACGUGUCUGAGACCCGCUGCUCAAGAUGAUUGCCGCCCGGGCACUGCACUACGUCUUCAAGAUUGGUAAUCGCGCGAAGAACAUCCAAUUCUUCCGAGAGAUACUGGGCAUGAAGGUACUACGUCACGAGGAAUUUACGCAAGGUUGUGAUGCCGCCUGCAAUGGACCGUACGACAAUCGGUGGAGCAAAACGAUGAUCGGGUACGGGCCGGAAGCGUCCCACUUCGUGAUCGAGCUGACGUACAACUACGGCGUGCGGGAGUACGCACUGGGCAAUGAUUUCGCCGGGCUGACGAUUAAGUCGCGCGACAUCCUAGACCGUGCCCGGCGCCACGGCUACCCGGUCGCGGAGGAGGGCGCCCCGGGCGAACCGUCCGUGCUCCUGUCGCCCGACGGGUACCGGGUGCUGGUCGUGCCGGAGGAGGUGCCGGCCGGCGCCGACCCGGUACAGCGCGUCGCCCUGCACGUGACCGAGCUGGCCCGCUCCCGGGCGUACUGGGCCGACACGCUCGCGAUGGUACCGGUGGCGGGGACGCCCGAUCCAUCCCCCGAUCGGCUUGCGCUUUCGUACGACCAGGGCAAGUUUGUGCUGGAGCUGCGGCAGCUGGCCGCCGGCACGCCGCUCGACCGGGCCAAAGCGUACGGGCGCAUCGCGUUUGCGGUGCCGCACGCCACCCAGCCCCACAUCGACGAGCUGAUCCGGCAGGCGGGCGGCACCGUGCUGACGCCGCUCAUCUCGCUCGACACGCCCGGCAAGGCGACGGUGCGCGUGAUCAUACUGGCCGAUCCGGACGGGCACGAGAUUUGCUUCGUGGACGAGGAGGGCUUCGGCGCCCUGUCCGCCCUCGAUCCGGACAGCAAUGCCGCGCUGGACAAGUACAUCGCGAAGGAUCCGUUCCAGGAGCAGUGAGCCCGCACAUUCCGCAUGGUUAUGGCAUUGUUGCGCUAAGAAUGGGAGAACAUUUUAUAAAGCGAGGGAAAAAAAGGAAUUAUUAAUUUGUGUUGCAGAGCGAGCCAAAACACAAAGCAAGACACAAACGCGCACUGGUGAAGGGGAUGGACGCGGUGCGUAGAAACUGUGUACUUAGUGGACAAUAAAUGAAUCAUCACCCUUUA